AUGACUACAGCCAAACCAGUGAAAACGGUCUGUGUCUUCUGCGGUUCUUCUUUUGGAAAGAGCCAGUCUUUUGCUGACAGCGCCAGCAAGCUCGGUGAGCUUUUGGCUGCUAGAAACUGGGGGUUGGUCUAUGGUGGAGGUUCAACUGGUUUGAUGGGUGCUGUUGCUAGAGGCAGUGCCACCAACGGCGGCUACGCUUUGAUUUCCCGUGAGAGAACCUCCGACAAUGACUUUAACGACAAGUUGAAGGAGGGUAUUGACAACCACGAUGGAUCCACGCCUCUUCCUGACUCCGACUUGUACGGCAAGACCACCCUUGUCAAGGACAUGCACACGCGGAAGCGUAUGAUGGGAGAGGAGGCUGACGCGUUCGUGGCAUUGCCCGGUGGCUACGGUACUUUGGAGGAGUUGAUGGAGGUGGUCACCUGGCACCAGUUGAACAUCCACAGCAAGCCUAUCAUCGUCUACAACUUGAACGGCUUCUAUGAUAGCUUUCUUAAGUUCAUUGAGGAGGCCAUUGCGGCCGAGUUCGUGUCGCCCAAGAACGGCGAGAUCAUUAAGGUGGCCCUGACGGCCGAGGAGGUGUUGGAGGCCAUUGAGCACUACCAGAUCCCGAUGGCCGCUUCAACUUGA